AACUGUGCUGCUGCCGUCUGGCUCUUCCUCGCGGAGCCUCGCGCGCCGCUGCGGCUCGCUGCUGUCUCUCGCCUCUCGAGCCGCCCGCACGAGCCUCCGAGCCGCGUCGCCAUGGAAGCGCUCAGUUUGCGACAUGUAUUCGCCAUUUUGCUGCUUCGGUGUGUGUGAGUUGGAGUGUGUGCGUUGCGUGUGUGUGUAUGUGUGCGAGCGUGUGAGUGUGUGUGUGGGCUCCUCUAGGAGGUGAAUACCUCCGUAGCUUCUAAACAUUCAACACCCCACACAGGAGCUAAGGGAGCCGGGGACAGAACCGCAGCAUGACACCGACGUUUGGACCGAGCCGCGGCUGAUAGUUUCUCCCUGCGGUACCACGGAGGAGCUGGGGGGAAACAUGUAAGAUUGGCACACAGCACCGUGGAUUAACAUCACACACACCGCUCAGGAUGAAAGCUGGGAGUGAAAAGGAGGAACAUUGCUGUCCUCUCAGGAUCGCCUUCGCCUCCCUGGAUUCUCAGAUUUGACCUCAUCAUCAAGUCCAUCAAUAAUGAUACCUGGUUUGAUUUCCCAGGAGUUACAUCAGCAGCUUCUGGACCUCAAGAAUUACCAGAAUCGCACAAAUGGGGUGGAAGAGCUCCAACAGAUCCUAUCAGAAGUGGACAUUGAAUCCGUCCCCUCUGGCAGUAUUGAGGAAUUCAUUAAUUUUCUUCCAAGACUUCUGGAUGACAGCAAUUUUAAGGUGAUGUUUGGUACUUUGCAAGUACUCAACUUACUAAUUCAGAAGUUGGAUGUGGGUGUAGACAAAUAUUUCAAACGUAUUGUCUUAGUGGCUCUUAAGGCUUUGGGGGACACUUGUACUGUCACCAGGAAUGAAUACCUGAAUGUGUUUCGACAGCUGAUGGAAAAUGUUGCACCUCAACAAGUAUUAGAUCUUGUAAUUGGCAACUUGAAACACAAGAAUUCCAGGGUUCGGGAAGAUGUCCUCAAUGUCAUUUUGGCAGCUUUGCUCACUCAUCCUAGGAAAGAUUUCAACAUCCCGAAGCUUUGUUUUGAGGUUGCACCAUACUUGGCAGACAACAAGAAGAAGGUCCGUCAUGCUGCCCUAGAGUUGUUCGCCGUCUUUGACCAUUACCUGGACACAGGCAAAAAACAACCUCUGAUGAAAGCUGUGGACAUGGUGGAGCUCAAUGAGGAUGCAGAGGGUCUGAUGGCAGCUGUGCAGGCCAGACGAGCAAGGCACAUCCUUCCCAAACUCUCCCCGGAGGGCGUUGUGGAGUACGGUUUGGUGAUGCCCAAGCCAGGACAGCGGUGCUCGCUUCAGUACAGUCCUGGAGCCGAUUUAGACUGGGUGAUGAACGGAGGACGAGUCAGCAGCGCCAGAAGCCACAGAACUGAGCCAGACUGUGAUCGAUUGCACGGUUAUGGCAGCUUAGGCUCCCUCACCGAUGACCUUCCAUUUCAAAGGAGGAUUGUCAGCGCGGGUAAAGGGAAGAACAAACUCCCCUGGGAUAUGUCGAGCUUCUCGUCCACUGAGAACGACCUGCAGCAGUGCAGUACCCCAAACGGAAAGGGCUCUGAACAGGUGGUAAGUGAGGAUUUCUUUUACCUGUCCAAGAAGCCAGAGGCCUACAUUCCCAGCUUCAGUUCUGUAGAUCCACAGAAGCUUCAGUCACCCAGACGGAGGGAGUCUGCUGCACAUCUUAGAAGAAGUGGGAGCCUCAACUUAGAUCCUGAUAUCUUUAAAACCUCUAACUUCUCUGAUUCCGAUGCUGCUGCACCCAAAGGACGAGUGCUGUCAAGAAACCCCAGUGUCGAGCGAACGUUUUCCCUCCCCUCAAACCCUACCACGCCCGGCACCUUCCUCCUGCCUUCCUACCCUCUGGCUGCACUCCCAGGAGGCAUGCUGACUCCAACACUCUCCCGUCGUCACGCAGACUCCUCCCUCUCCAUGUCCAACACCUGGCCCAAUAAGCGAGAGAACAGCCCUCACCAGUGUGAAAUCACCUCCUGGGGUGACACAACCGGCACAGCAAAGGGAGAUCUGGCUAGCAGACACUCUCCCAGACCUCUCCGUGCCUCCCUCGUGAGUUCUUCCACUUCAUCAUUCCGGCGAGCUCUGAGCAACACCAGAGCGAACCUCUCGAUCUCGCCAGUCGUCCCUUCAGCCGAGCAUUCCUAUUCAUACAAUGGCCAGAGAUCCAAUGGUCCAGGGAGCCCUCAGAACCAGCAGAUGGAAAAGAACUUUUAUCUGGAGUCUGACAGCUUCACCACAGUCCAAGAUUAUCAAGAUGAUGAUUCCCUGGACAUGCAGGAGAUGCUGAACUCGCUGCGCUCACUGCGCAACAGUGCUGCCAAGAAGAGAGCCAAGGCAAACCUGAGCAGUCCAGAUCCAGACAGCCCUGACUCAGCGGUGAGGGUGGACCUGGGUCUGGACUCGCCGUUGCACACCUCUCCAGUGCUCACCAGCUCAGCCAGCGAGAGUGGGCUGUCCAGUCUGUGCUCAGUCAUCAACUCCAGCUUCAAUGGAAGCAAGAGCAGUCCAGGAAACUCUGCCUCUUCGGGAAUGAAACCUCGCAUUGCAAGAGUGCCUUCUGCAAAACUGAGGUCUUCUAUGUCCAUGGACUUCAGCAGCCUUCAAGUGUUGUCCCAGAGAAACGAACUGUCACCAGAGGUUGGUGUUGUCGGCCAGAGAGUGACUUACUCCAACGGAGUGAUCAGAACAGAGGAAGAAGCAGCUGGACCCUCCCCUCCGCUGAUCAAACCAGCUGUCCGUGAAUCAUUCAGAGCUCUGAAGCCCGCCAAAGGUUCUCAGAGUCACAGCAGCAGUAGGAACUCACCAGGCACAGAUAUGCCCGAAGGAGUUGUUGGAAGAGGCAUGUUCGGCGCCGCGGCGUACUCCAGCCGUCCAGGACUCAGCUCUUCACCGCUGGAGCCAAAUGAGUUGCUGAUCAAACCCCCCACUGGGGCGUCAGCAGACAUCGCCAGCCACGUUCUGUCUGGCAGUCACCUGAGCAGCACCGAGAGCCCGCGCACGGACGAGAUCAAGGAGAGGCGAAGGAACUCGAGGCUGUGCCAAGACCGGACACGACCGCAGCGCCUGGAUCAAGUCGACGGUCCUCUCAGCCAACAGGACGCCGCACGAGAAAAGACUCGCUACCGCGUCAGGCAGAUUCUGUCUGAUUCACCUGCAGAUGACAAUCCUGCUGUAACCCUCAAAGAUCUGCAUCUGAACGGCAGCACACUGACAUCCACCAAAGCUGACCUCUCCGACGAGUCCCCUCUCAGUCCCACCAGUCCCGUCAGUCCACCGGUACCCCAAAGCCCCAUCAAGUGCUUCACUCCCCCACACCAUCCCAGCCCUCCGACCGUACCCCCGAAUCCCAGGAGUGCGUCCCGUCUGAGGAGGGCGCCCAGCCUCAGCCGAACCAGACCCUCACUUUCCCACAGUUCAGAUGAGCUGUCCCCCGGUGCUGUGGGCCACAGGAAGAAUCCGUCUGAGCCUCCAGAGCUUUGUCCAUUUUCAAAGCCCGACUUGGCGCUGACUCAGAGUUUCAACCUGCUGAGCUCCGAUGACUGGGAGAAGAAGAUCGAGGGACUGACGUUUCUGCGCUCUCUGGCUCACUACCACUCUGACAUCCUCCAGAGCAGGCUUCACGAUGUCUGUCUGUCGCUCAUUCCAGAGGUGAAGAACCUGCGGUCAGGUGUGUCCAGGGUUGCGGUGUGCACACUGGGCGACCUCUUCACACACCUGCAAAGGGCAAUGGACCAGGAGCUGGAAGGAACAGUCAAAGCUCUACUGCAGAAGGCCGGAGAGAGCAACGCCUUCAUCAGGCAGGAUGUGGACGCAGCGCUGGACUGCAUGGUGCAGCACUGCACGCCCACGCGGAGCAUCAACGCUUUACUCAGCGGGGGCCUCGGUCACCUUAACGCUGUGGUGAGAAAGUGCACCGCUCAGCAUCUGGCUGAUCUGGUGGAGAAGGUCGGCGCUGCUCGCCUCCUGUCCGGGGGGAAAGACCUCACCGACAGAAUCGUACCUGCCGUCAUUAAACUCGCACAAGACUCAUCACAAGAAGCCCGGUACUUCGGCCGCCGGAUGCUGCUGUCCCUGUCGGCCCACCCGCACUUUGACAGGAUCCUGGAGAAAUACAUCCCGAGCAAAGACCUGCAGACAGUCAGAGACACUGUUGACGCCCUAAAGACAAAGGGUCUGGGUGAGAUGCCCCAAGACUCGCAGUCAGCCAGAGGGAGACGCUCCGUGCCGGGCAGCGGCACUGUCAGGGCUUCGUCUCUCAACAGAGAGCCUCGCUCCCAAACUCAGAGGGAGUCCAAUAGCCAUUACAGCUGUAGAUCUCAGACUCAGAGUAUUGCAGACAAGACCGAAUACAUCAAGCAGAUCUCAGGUCUCCUCAGUUCAAAGGACUUCAGAGAGAGGAUCAAGGGCAUCGACCAGCUCGUGGCCGACUGCCAGCACAACCCCAGCAUCGUCAUCGGGAGUAUAUUCCCGGUGUUUGAUGCCUUUAAAGCGCGACUGCAGGAGUCCAACAGCAAGGUCAACCUGUACGCCCUGGAGUCUCUCCAGAAAAUCAUCCACCUGUUGAAGGAUAACCUGUACCAAGUGAUCAACAUCCUGGUCCCAGCCAUCGUGGACAAUCACCUCAACUCCAAGAACAACGCCAUCUACUCUGCUGCUAUCGGAGCCAUCAAUGCACUUAUCUCCAAUCUGGACAACAUGCUUCUUCUUCAACCCUUCUGCACCAAGGCUCAGUUUUUGAGUGGAAAAGCUAAAGUGGACCUGAUUGAAAAGGUUGCCGAACUUGUGAGAGAGAUCUACCCUCGCAAGCCCCAGAUGGUGGAGCAGAAAGUGUUGCCCCUGCUGUGGCACCUCCUGGGCAGCUCCAGCCACAGCGGCACCGUCCACGGCCGGGGCGGCAGCGUGAGGGCCGCUACCGCCAACCUGUGCCAAGCCCUCCAUGCCCACAUGGGGCCGAGUCUGAGCGAGUGCGCCGCCUCCCAGCCCGCCAACGUCCACAAAGGUUUGAACGAGGUCCUCAGGACUCUGUCCUGAAGCAGAGCAGAGUCCAGACACGGGCAAACGUCGAGAAAUAAAAUGAACACUGACCUUACUUGAAGACAGAGAUGUACUACAUUUCUUACAGUGCCUGCACUUUUAUAUCAAUAAAGAGAAAGUCUUUAGGAAUUAGGAGCUCUAUCUCUAUCUCAGUGAGAUUUCCUCUGGUACAGAAGCAUGGACAGUUGUAACAUACUGACAUCAGGUUUCACUCACCCAACCUGCUCUCUUUGCACUUUGAAAGUAGCUCAUUAUCAUUAUAGUUUGACAUUUUACUAUCUGAUGUAUGUCUUUUUUUUUAAUUUCCACAAUCUAUUCAUGUACUGUAGACAAAUCAGAGACACUAUUACAGAAUGUAACAUUGAAAUGCACA